AUGCAGCUGCUCCUGCUCCUGGUGGCCUGUCUUCUGUCCCCUGGGCUGGAGGCAGUGAAAAUCGUCGAUGGCCAUGAGUCCAACCCUCAUUCUCGUCCCUACAUGGCAUUUCUUCAAAUGCAAUAUCCACAUAAAAAGUGUGGGGGGUUUCUGAUACGUGAUGACAUUGUGCUGACCGCAGUUCACUGCUGGGAAAACUCUAUCACCGUCACCCUGGGGGCCCAUGACAUCACCAAGGAGGAGCCUACCCAGCAGGUCAUCCCUGUGAUAAGAGCCAUCCCCCACCCAGCCUAUAAUGAUUGGACCUCCGCCAACGACAUCAUGUUGCUGCAGCUGAAGUGGAAGGCCGAGCUGAACGCCUACGUGAGAACCAUCAGGCUGCCUGGCAAGGAUGAAUCGGUGAAGCCGGGGAUGGUGUGCACCGUGGUGGGAUGGGGCGUCCGCAAUGUCAAUGUCAUGAAAAUGUCAGAUAAACUGCACGAGGCAGACCUUAUAGUUCAAAGGAGGAGAAUUUGCUGCCAGGAAUACAGAUACUACUUUUACGACAACAGCAUCCAGAUAUGUGCGGGAGAGCCUGGAACAACGAAGGCUUCAUAUAAGGGUGACUCCGGGGGCCCCUUGGUGUGUAACGAGGUGGCUCAGGGCAUCAUCUCCUUAGGGCACAGGAAUGGGACGCCUCCUCGUGUCUUCACCAGGAUCUCAAGCUUUGUGCCCUGGGUAGAAGAAACAAUGAGACAAGUCACACUGCAGGGACCAGGCUGA